AUGCAGCCAGCUGUGUCUCUCAAGCUGGUCCGCGUGGUGCUCGUGGUGGACGCGACUGCAGCGCUGCACGCCCAGUUCCCAAUACUCAAGACCACCUAUCUCGACCGCCUGGUGGCGCACGUCCGCAACCUGGCACCGAGAUGCGAGUUUGCGCUCAUCCAGUUUGGCGGGAUGCCUGGCUGCGGAGAGGCCCCGCUGACCGUCUUCCCGUUCACCGACAAGGUCGCUCAGCUCCAGGCCGACCUCGCUGCCAUCGAGUUUGCUGGCGGCGGGUUGCAGUUCAGCAUGCUUGGCGAUGCAUUGACGGCAGCGUACAAGAUGCUCGCCCCUCCUCCUCCUCCUGCUGCUGCUGCUGCUGCGAAUGCAAGCCACGCUUCGUUGUCGUCGUCAUCUGGAAGAGCCGGGUCAACAACGCAGCAGCAUUCGAAAUCGUCUCUGUCGAAUGGCAAGUCGGACUUGUCGCCGAUGGAUACGUCCGUCGGAGUUGUGCCAACAGAACAACACGCAGCAGCACUUGCUGGUGGUGGUGGUGGUGGUGGUGGUGCUGCUGCUGUUGUUGUUGCGACAAACAACCGCUGGAUGACGAUGGACAGCUCCCCAUCCACUCUCAAGCUGUGCAUCCUGGUGGCAAACUCGGCUCCUCUCGAUGCUCCCGUGCUGAACGUACCAUUUGACAGUGACUUGGCCGAAAAGCCGGCAUCUGCGGCUCUUGGCCCGCUUUCUCACUUGGCUCAGCUCCUGGUCAAGGAACGCAUCAGUCUGUCCGUCAUCGCGCCUCGCAAGUUGCCGAGUCUUCGGGCGUUGUUUGAAGAGAGCAGCAUACCUACGGAGGUGACGACCUCGAUUGCCACUUUGGAGCAACAUUUAGCGAUCGUUCGCGGCUUUCCCGUGCCGGCAAACUUUAUGACCUCCGUCCCCGUAGUUAGCAAUACCAAUGCUGCAGUAGCACAAUCAGGCAAGGCGAUUCCUUCUGCCAAUUCCGCUGUUGUUGGGGCUGCUGGUGCCUCUGCCAUGGCCCAGCAGCAGCAGCAGCACGCGAUACCCUCGAGAACCGCCGCGGGCGGUGCGCCGUUUCCACACCAGCCAGAGGUGGCGGCUGUGCAAGCACGUCCCGCCGCGACCGGCAGCGUUGGACCUUCAGCAAUGGAUCUCAGCGGGCAACCUACCCUUCACCAUGGCUCAAACCCUGCUGUCCUCCCAGGGAGCACGCCAAAUCAAGGCGCUGCUGCAGCUCAGCACUUUGGUGCAAACGCGAUUGUGGCGCCUGGCGGCGCUCCUUCAGCUCGACCAUCUCACGCCACACUGGAUGAGCAACAACAAUGGCUUGCUCAAAGAGUCCUGCUGCAACAGCAGCAAAUUCAGCAGCAAGGGCAGCGACAAACAGGCCCACUUGGUCCCCCAACGCGACCUGCCAAUCCAGCGGCGGCUGCCGCGGCUGCCGAACACGUGCGUGCCCAGCAGCAAGUCGAGUUGUUGAAACAGCGAACAGCCAACAUGUUCCAACCGCCGCAGCAACAGCAGCAGCAACCUUCCGUUCCGGCUGUGGAUGCUGCAGCGGCUUCGUCGUCCACAGCCGUCCCCAUGCAGUUUGCAUUGAAAGCGCCCAGUCAGCCAGCAGCCACGCCGCGAGGACGAGCAGCUGCCGGUUUGCGUCCGAGUCGCCAACCUGGGCAACCUGCGGGUGACGCCAGCUCGCCGCAUUUUCUCGCGUUGCUGGGUGAAAUUGGCAAGCUGCAAGCCGCGGACGUCACGAUGGAGGUGAUGGCGAAAUGCAUCGACACCAUUGACGCAAUGCACCUGUCCCCAGCCGACAUUGGCAUGUUGCAUCCGCAACAACAAGCACUUUUACACAACAUUCGUGCCCGAGUCAAUGCACAACGGGCGCUUCCUGCAACUGUUGGGGUCAACUUGCCGGCUGCAUCGCCGCUACUUCAUGGAGCUUCUCAAGCAGGAGACGCUUCGGCAAUCGCUCAGGCGAAUCAGCUCGCGUUGCUUCAAAAGCAGUUGCAAAGGCAACAAGCACCGCAGCCUCCACAGACCUUGCAUCAGCAAGCACAACAAACUCCCCAGCAAGCACAAGCAACGGCAAACCUGGAAUUCAACUUGGUUUUGCAACAGCAACAGCAACAGCAGCAAAAGCUGCAACAGCAGCAACUGCAGCAGAAGCAGCAACAAAUGCAACAAAUGCAACAACAGCAGCAACAGCAGGCUCAACAACAGCAGUCGCAACAACAGCAGCAACUCCAGCAACAGCAACAGCAACAACAACAGCUGCAGCAGCAACAGCAACAACAGCAACGGCAACAAUUACAGUUGGAGCUGAAGAAACUCCACCAGAUGUAUCUUCAACAGUCCCGCCAGCUAUGGACUGGAAAGCUCAAGACGUCCCCUUCUACCCAGCUUCCUUCACAAGAGUUUGAUCUGAUCGCCAUCACAAAGAAUCCAGCCCUCCCUUCGCUCGGCUCUUUGCCAGAGGUGCUGCUGCCAGCUCUAGUGUGGCCAUUGAGCUAUUUUGACAAGUUUGAGACUUGGCCAAGUCUCGAUUGCGAAAUGAUGCCAAGCGAAGCCUCGACAGAAGGAUUUCUGCGAUUUUUUACCGCCCUGUCCAAGCAAAACAAGCAGCAGCUAAUACAGCAACAGCAGCAGCAGCAACAACAGCAGCAACAACAGCAACAACAACAGCAACAGCGUUAGGCGCACUCGUUCUGGUCUUCUUUGGUUCCAUCAGAUAUCGCUCUGCAACCAAGACCAGCGGUUCUGGUGUGUCUGUCGAAUUCUUACUUUGGUGCACAUAAAUGGAUGAUUUUGGCUGUAAUGGAACUUGACAAAAAGGAUAAAACCGCAGUUUCGCU